CUCCCAGCUGUGAAAAAGGUGGGCAUGGUUGGUAGUUCGCAAUCCCUUCUGAUUGUCAUUCCUCCUUCCCAUCCCUCCCUGUCUGCGAGCGCCUCUCAUCGAUUCCGCGCCAUUUCUUCUCUAUCCGAUUCGCUCGCGAUCUGCUAAUGGGAACCAUGCUGUGGCCUUUUCUCACAUUUAUCGGCCUUCUUCUAGCACAAGGCUUGGCCUACGACUCAGGAUAUUGGACACCGACACCGACAACCACAUCAUAUUGGUCGUACUGGACACCCUCGACUACCUACGUAACAUGCUACACUCAAGAAAACGUCAUUGUCACAGUCACCUCAGUGUUGCCCUGUCCUGUUACCUCGACGGUCGUGUACUGGGAAUGCUGCGACCAAUGCGAAAACAACUGUUACAAUACCCCGACCGGAUGGGUUGGAACCACGACGGUGACGUCUUAUACAACCACUACCCCAACGGCACAGGCGGUGCAGACGAUCACCAGUAACGGACUGGUUAUUGUUAUGGUGGACUCGACUGCGGCAUCUCAAUCGGCGACCCCCAGCGUGGUCUACGAGGUUAGCAGUGAAGCAGGGCCGCUACAAGAGGGCGCCUUGUCGAGCUUUUGGCCGAUGGGUAUAUUGUUGGCGGCCAUUGCGACGAUCAUGAUCAUGUUAUAAUAAUGCUUGGGGGUCACAUAUCACUGGUCAGUCAGUAAUUUUUGCGUGAGAGAUCCGCCGUAAUGUCUUGUAUAUAGCGAGGCGGCUCUAUGACUUUGAUGAACCAUUUGACGAGAUAUAGCGAAUAUUAAUGGAUU